CGCGGCCUCAGUUCUUCCAUGUCUUAGCUCUCUCCUCUCUCUUCUUCUUUGGCCUUUUGUUCUCUCUCCAUAUUUGCUUAGACUUUACUGGAUUUGCUUAAACCAGAGAUUUCUAUGAAGAUUUUUGGUUUUUCAUUGAUACUUUGAUCAGUUGAAGUUUCAAAAGCAUCGAAGUAGUUUUUGUUUGAAUUUGGUUUUUCUUAGCUUUUGAACUUGAAGUAGCCAGAAAUGCUUGAGCUUCGCGGUGAGUGAGCGAGUUUCUGCUCUGUCUGAUUCUGUACGCUAGAUUUGGAUUUGCUGUGUUUUUUAGUAACCUUUGUUUGGACGGCAAGAAAAAAGCCGAGAAAACCUGACCUUGUUAACAUAAAGCUAGUCGCAAUUGAUAUGUUACCUUACAGAUUCAAGUUACAGGAUUUGAAGAAAGUUGAAAGCUUAUACUCGACCUGUUGGUUGUAAUUAUAUCAGUUUAAGAAUCAGGAUCUUCUUCUCAUAGAGAAUUCUUUAUACUACAAUGGCGCUCUCUCUAGCCUCUGUUUUGUCGAAAUCGGAAGAUGUAGUAGGAUCGGAUCACUCAUCAGUGGUAUCGAUAAAUCUUUUUGUGGCACUUCUCUGCGCAUGUAUUAUUAUUGGCCAUUUACUGGAAGAGAACCGGUGGAUGAACGAGUCCAUCACAGCCCUUGCUAUUGUUUAUGGUGAGUUAAUGCAGGGUCUGUGCACUGGGGUGGUUAUUCUGCUUACAUCUGGAGGAAAGAGCUCACGUCUUUUAGUGUUUAGUGAAGAUUUAUUCUUUAUCUAUCUUCUUCCGCCAAUUAUUUUUAAUGCUGGUUUCCAGGUGAAGAAGAAGCAAUUUUUCCGCAAUUUCAUGACUAUCGUUCUCUUUGGUGCAGUUGGAACUUUGAUAUCCACUGGUGUCAUAUCUAUAGGUGCUAUGCACUUCUUCAAGAAAAUGAACAUCGGUUCCCUUGACAUAGGAGACUAUCUUGCAAUUGGAGCAAUAUUUUCUGCAACGGAUUCUGUUUGUACCUUGCAGGUGCUUAAUCAGGAUGAGACACCUUUAUUGUACAGUCUGGUCUUUGGAGAAGGUGUGGUAAAUGAUGCCACAUCAGUGGUGUUUUUCAAUGCAAUCCAGAGCUUUGAUCUCUCCCACAUCAAUUCUAGUGUUGCUAUGCAAUUUUUUGGGAACUUCCUAAAUCUGUUUGUCUCAAGCACCAUUUUGGGAGUUUUAGCUGGACUACUCAGUGCAUACAUUAUUAAGAAGCUGUACUUUGGCAGGCACUCCACCGACCGUGAGGUUGCUCUAAUGAUUCUCAUGGCUUACCUUUCAUAUAUGCUGGCUGAACUAUUCUAUUUAAGUGCCAUUCUCACUGUAUUCUUUUGUGGGAUUGUUAUGUCUCAUUAUACAUGGCAUAAUGUGACAGAAAGUUCGAGAGUGACAACAAGGCAUGCUUUUGCCACUUUGUCAUUUGUCGCUGAGAUAUUCAUUUUCCUGUAUGUUGGCAUGGAUGCCUUGGACAUUGAGAAAUGGAAGUUUGUAAGCCACAGUCCUCGAACUUCUGUAGGUGUGAGUGCAAUACUCUUGGGAUUGGUUCUGGUUGGAAGGGCAGCCUUUGUUUUCCCCUUAUCUUUUCUAUCCAACUUGACUAAGAAGUCUUCCUACGAGAAAAUUGACAUAAAGCAACAGGUAACAAUUUGGUGGGCUGGUCUUAUGCGUGGUGCUGUCUCAAUGGCUCUUGCUUAUAAUCAGUUUACUAUUUCAGGCCAUACACAGUUGCGUGGGAGUGCAAUCAUGAUCACCAGUACAAUCACAGUUGUCCUUUUCAGCACAGUGGUGUUCGGUUUGAUGACAAAACCACUAGUGAGGAUCCUGCUUCCAUCUCCAAAACACAAUUCCAACAUGUCUUCUGAACCGUCCAGUCCUAAAUACCUUACUGUGCCCCUUCUCAAUGGGCAAGAUUUAGAGGACAACAAGGGCAGCUCCAAUUUUUCCCACCCAACCAGUUUAAGGAUGCUCUUGAGUACCCCUUCUCACACUGUCCACCAUUAUUGGCGAAAAUUUGAUGAUGCCUUCAUGCGGCCUGUUUUCGGUGGCCGCGGUUUUGUACCUUACGUGCCCGGAUCUCCAGCUGACGAAAGUCUUCUCCAAUGGCAGCAGUGAGAGGAGAGAAAUUUUCAACAAACAUAUGACUACUAAUUUCGGUGUGAAAUUUGUCCAUAGUCAGAGAUUUCAGAGUGAGGUUGUGACGCCAUUUUUAUAGUCAACCUGGCAGCUUGAAGUUUGUUUUUUUUUUCUUUUUGGGUUUUCAUGUGUAUAUGGUUUGUCAACUGAGAUUGCGUUCCAGAGAGCAUAUGAUGUUCUCACUUCCCAUACUGGAUUUUGUAAAAUCACUACUUACUGAAAUUUUUACAGUUGUGCUGAAGCAUUGGAGAAGAUAUCACCACUGUUUAUUUUUCUGGAGUUGAAAUAUACUAUAUUGAUUUGUCUGUC